AUGUCGUUAGAACGCGACGCCUCCGGCCGAACAUUCAUCCACCACCCUUCCGGUCAACGAACCCACUACAUCCUGAAUGACUUUACCGACCCAUGGAAAUCGAGAGAAACAAUCUUGAUACAACACGGUUUCGGGCGCCACGCCGCCUUCUGGUACCACUGGAUCCCCGUUCUAUCUCGCAAAUACCGUGUCAUACGACGGGACUUGCGAGGCCAUGGACACUCCAGUUACCCGAAAGAUUCGGAAGUGUAUGAUUACUCUCUAGAGACGAUCCUAGGAGAAAUGGUUGAUACGCUUGAUCAACUUGAUGUCGAGAGAGUGCAUUUCCUCGGCGAAUCGACAGGGGGCAUUCUGGGCGAGAUAUUCGCGGCGAAACACCCAGAGAGGCUGCUGAGCUUGACUGUUUGCUCUACACCGACUUAUCUACCUCCAGUGGCUUUGCGGCUAUUCGCUUUCGGUAGGAAGGAUUGGCCGACGGCGUGCAGGGAGCUUGGGUCGCGGGGUUGGGCAGAGGAGUUGUCGCGCAUUCCGGGGACUAUCCCUGUGACGGAUCCGCAGUAUCUUCCGUGGUAUUUAGAACAGAUUGCUGUUAGUGACGGUGAGGGAUUGGGCCAAUACGCAGAGUUUCUGUCGACGUUGGAUGCGAGACCGUGGUUGGAGAGGAUAAAAGUGCCGACGUUGAUUCUGUCACCGACACAGAGUGCUGCCGUGAGAGUCGAAGACAUGAAAGCUUUAAGGGAGAAGAUCGAAGGAAGCAAGCUCGUGCUUGUCGAGGGCCCUGGACAUGAGAUAUAUGUCACUCAAGCGGAGCAGUGUCAGCAGGCGUUUCUGGGAUUCCUGGAGAAUCUGGACAGGGAUAUCACUGAAGGAUAA